CUGACGAGACCAUGACAACCAGUGAGUGGCUCUGCCAUUUAGUUUGCAUGUUAAAAAGUAUCAAUCGUGAAAAUGGUUUCGCAACACGUCUAUGACCUGUGCCAAGCAAGAGAAACGGUGAGCUCAGUCUUGGCAACUGAUCCGAGCCAGACACCAGGAAAUAUUAUUAAGAAACUAUACGGUCAUCACGAGCACGGACUGCACCACAAAAUCUCAGCCAAAGAGGACACAGACAAAAACGAAGAUGCCAUCGAAGCAGCCCUCCAAUGUGGUCGUUGGGGCCCGUCGACUCCAAGUCCCUUAUUCCUCCAAGCAUUCGCCGACUCUCUACAAUGCCUGAACGAAGACCCAAUGGCAGGGGUCGUUUCGCCUCCAUUGAUGGGUUCCCAUGGAACUAUGCCCCUGACAGUCAUUGCUCCCCUUGCGGAUGUCAUGCGCCACUGCUCAAAUCUCAUCGUGCGGGCUGAGAAGGAAGUCUUCUUCAUCACAUGUUCAUGGGCACCCUCAGUAGCGCAAGCUCUAAUUAAGGAUUCCCUGAUCGAACUCUCGAAGCGAGCUGGAAAGAAAGGGAGACGAGUGGUUGCUAAGAUUAUGUAUGACAAGCCAGGACCAUGUAACGCUAUAAACCCACAUCAGUUUGUCAAACCAAAGUCGUACACCUCAAAGACGAUCGAUUUGCCUUCGCCUGAAGAAAUUCCCAACGUCGACCUCGAGGUAGUCAGCCUGCACCGCAUAUUACUAGGUACCAUCCACAACCCCUCUUUCGGCAUAACCCCUCUUUCGGCAAGCAAAAUAAAAAAAGCUUCACCAAAACUCAUCAACUUCACUUACACAAAUAUUGGCCAAAAUAAAUAGCUACUUGGAGGACAAUGCCUUUGCUGAUUAUAGAAAU